AUGGAAAAAAUAUGGAUGGGGAAAAAAGAUGAAGGGGAAAAAGAAGUAGAAAGAAACGAAUUCGGACUUCGUUAUUACCUUCCGACCGAUGUCAUCCUUCACAACAAACCCGAAGAUUGUUGGGUGAGUUUUUUGGGUAAAGUCUGUGACGUCACUCCGAUAGUAAAAGAAUACGAAAACGAAAAAGAAGUCAAACCUCUUUUGGCUCAUGCCGGGAAAGAUAUAUCCCAUUGGUUCGAUGAAAGGACUCAAGACAUAAAAUAUAUGAUUCAUCCAGUGACGGGUGUCAAAGUGCCUUACUGCCCUCACGGUCCCAUUCCUCACGUUCAUCCACAAGUACCAUCGACGAAAUGGCAACCUUUGCCGGGUGUGAAAAGGCCCUACGAUGGUUUGCCCUGGUGGCGGAAUAAAAAAUACGUCGUGGGAUUACUAUCGAAAAAUCCUAGGCCAUUGAAAAUCGUAAACACGGCUGUUCCAGAAUCCCACAGGAACAGUUUGGCGUGGGUAAGUAAAUUAAUUACAUACAAUAAAAAAGAAAAUUGA